AUGGGCCGCCGUUUUGAACACCUUGGCCUUGAAGUGCGUGACGACGACAAAGGAAGAGGGCUGUACUGCACCCGCAGCUUUGCAGCAGGUGAGUUACUGCUUGUCGGUGCAGUUUGCUGUGAGGCUCCUCUUCUGGUCGGCCUUCCGGAGUUAUGGAAGAGCUCUUGUGCGAAGUGCUUCGCCACAGAAUUCGAUGAUGAGCUCCGGUCAUGCAAGGAGUAUGCGAGAGGCCACAAGGAGGACAACUGGCAGGAGCUUGUUUGCUACGCGCUCUCCAUCUCCCGGCUCCUCCGUUUGCUGCAUAGCGGUCUCGAUCCUCCAACUUCGCGAUGUGCUUCCGUGGCUGUGUCGUUGGACGACUUAGCAGAGUUGUGCACGCCGAACGAGGAUGUGUGGGAGGAUCUGGAAGGCUUUGCUGAACUUUUAGCUGCAUCCCCCUUGAACUCUUUGUUCCCGGCCGACCUCCAUGGCCCUGACCUGGCCACAGUGAUCAGCCACUGCUACGAGCAACUGGCCUGCAACAGCUUUCUAAUCUGCGGCCCUGCUGAGAAACCUGUUGGUCAAUUGUGCGAUCCCAUUUCAGGGCUGCUGAACCACUCGUGCAAACCAAACGCCGCAAUGGUGUGGCAGGUCCCUGUGAACGGCAGGACGCACAUGGUACGAUGUAUUCGUGAUCUCCAAGCCGGCGAAGAGGUUUUAAUUAGCUAUGUGGAUCCUUCGCGGCCAUGGUGGAUCCGCCAGCCAACUUUGAAGGCAUCAUAUGGAUUCAUUUGUGACUGCGUCGUUUGUGGAGAGAUCAACGCUUGGGAGCGUGCUGUGGGCUCGAGAGCGGACCUUCCCCUUCCUCCAGGCAUUACAGCAAGCAUAGCGGCCGUGACAGCAGCUGAUGGGACGGUCCUGCUUGUGAGCGAGGAGAAGACGCGCGGAGUCUGUGCAUUUCUCAACAGGGAAAUGGGUAUCGCAGUGCAGGCGGCAUCGGACAAAGAUAUCCGUCAUGUCGCAGAUGCUGCGAUCACUGUUGGAAGGCUGAGCGCGGCCGACAGUCUCCAACGUGGAGCCGCAGAGGCACAGAGAAGGAUUGAACAGCUCCGACCAGCCAUGCAGACUCUGUUACAGCUGCUCGGGCCACAACACAUGCUGCUUCGGGAGCUGACCAGUGUUCUCAGACUUGCUGAAGUUGCGGGAGACUGGAACAUUUGCGUGGACUUGGCUCCAGUUGUCCUAGCUUCCUUGGCCAUUACAGAUGGAGAAAUGUCCAGCAGAAAAGCUGACAUUCUUGCAAUUCUGGCCGUCGCAAAGCUGAGGACUGCCGCGGAUGAUGGUGCACUGCAGAGAGCUCACGCUGAGGGCAGACAUGUGUUCGAGAUGCUUGGGCGGUUUUACGGGGAGCAGCUGCCGCAGCAUGCGCCUCGCACUUGGCUACGGCAGCUGCUGGUCAUGGACCUGGACAGCAUGGAUUGA